CUCUAUGCGUGUGCAUGUGUGUAUAGUUCACCUUUUUAUAUCUUACCUGUCUGUAAAGUCACUGAUUACUACUCUCAGAUCAAAUCCUGAACUUACUUUUCUCCUGGUGACAGAAGUGAGCCUCCCCAGUCUCCCCUGGCCCUGCUUUCCAGGGACUCCCACCAGCUCCCAGGGUUCUUGUCAACACCAGCACCACUGGCUGAAAAUGAAAACUGAAGAAGGAGAUUGAAGUGUGAGAAAAUAUCCUAUUAAGUAUUUGUACAACCUGGUACCAAAAUGAUUUCCCCAAAAGAUGUCCUCAGAAAAAAUCUGAAGCUGAUUCAUGGCUAUCCCAUGACCUAUGCUUUUGCAAACAACUGGGAAAGGAUUGAACAGUUCCACAGCAGGCCAGAAGACAUCGUGAUAGCCACUUACCCCAAAUCAGGUACCACUUGGGCUAGUGAAAUUGUGGACAUGGUUCUAAAUAAUGGAGAUGUUGAAAAAUGUAAGAGGGAUUUUAUAACAGUUAAAGUGCCAAUGUUGGAAAUGGCCGUCCCUGGACUAAGAACUUCAGGAAUAGAACAAUUAGGAAAGAAUCCAUCACCGCGGCUUGUGAAGACGCAUCUACCAAUUGAUCUCCUUCCUAAGUCUUUCUGGGAGAACAACUGCAAGAUGAUUUAUCUGGCUCGAAAUGCCAAGGAUGUUGCAGUCUCAUAUUACCAUUUUGACUUAAUGAAUAAUUUGGAACCUGUCCCUGGUCCCUGGGAAGAGUAUCUAGAGAGGUUCAUGACUGGAAAUGUGGCUUAUGGUUCCUGGUUUAAUCAUGUUAAGACCUGGUGGAAGAAAAAGGAAGAACACCCAAUACUUUUCUUGUACUAUGAAGAUAUGAAAGAGAAUCCGAAGCGUGAAGUUAAGAAGAUUGCUAGAUUUCUAGAGAAGAAUUUGAAUGAUGAGGUCUUAGAUAAGAUCGUCCAUCAUACCUCAUUUGAAAUGAUGAAGGAUAACCCGCUGGUGAAUUAUACACAUCUACCAAGUACAGUGAUGGAUCAUAGCAAGUCCUCUUUUAUGCGUAAAGGGACUACAGGUGACUGGAAGAAUUACUUCACAGUGGCCCAAAAUGAGAAAUUUGAUGUCAUUUACAAGAAGGAAAUGUCUGGAACUGAGCUUCAGUUCCGCACAGAGAUUUAAAGAGCCUACGUGACCAAUCUGGAUAAGAAUAGAGCUGUAAUUUGUUUAAAGGGGGGCAGUUAUGACCUGACUUGGGCAAUCAAAUCAAUUUAUAAAGGAGAAAAUGUGCUUUUAAAACGGA